GCUGGCCUUGGGAGGGUAGCUUUCCUUGCCUCGACAACCUGAGGACUCUGCACUUGCUGCAAGACCAUGUCUAGCAACGGGUCAGAUGUCCCUACUGAAGCCCAAGCUGCUGUGGAAGAACCUGUCCCACAGCCCAGCGUGGUGGGCCGCAUGGCCAACCUGCCUCUCAUCAGCUCCACGUGUGGGAUGGUGAGUGCCGCGUACGCCUCCACCAAGGAGAGCUACCCCCACGUGAGGACCGUGUGUGACGUGGCUGAGAAAGGCGUCAAGACCCUCACUGCAGCCGCGGUCAGCGGGGCACAACCCAUCCUGUCCAAGCUGGAACCCCAGAUUGCGACGGCCAGCGAGUACGCGCACCGCGGGCUGGACAGAUUGCAGGAAAGCCUGCCCAUUCUCCAGCAGCCGACUGAGAAGGUCAGUACCAGCCAUCAGUUGACUCUGCUGUGCGACCCUGGCUAUGCAUUGGGCACUGUGAACCUAAGCACUCUCUCCUGUGCCACAGCCUUGAUUGCCACGUCCUCAGAGGGCUCGGACAUGGCCUCACUGCAGCAGCAGAGACAGGAGCAGAACUACUUCGUCCGGCUGGGCUCGCUGUCGGAACGGCUUCGCAACCACGCCUAUGAGCACUCACUGGGCAAGCUGCGCAAUGCCAGACAGAGUGCGCAUGAGGCGAUGCAGCAACUCACGCAUGUACUCAGCCUGAUGGAAUCCAUGAAGCAGGGUGUGGACGAGAGGCUGGGGGAGGGGCAGGAGAAGUUGCACCAGAUGUGGCUCAGCUGGAACCAGAAGACACCCCAGGAUGCAGAAAAGGACCCAGCUAAGCCAGAGCAGGUGGAGGCCCGGGCACUCGGCAUGUUCAGGGACAUUGCUCAGCAGCUACAGAGCACGUGUGUGGCCCUGGGGGCCAGCAUCCAGGGCCUGCCUGGCCACGUCCGGGAGCAGGCCCAGCAGGCCCGCAGCCAGGUGGACGACCUUCAGGCCACUUUCUCCAGCAUCCACUCCUUCCAGGACCUCACAGCCGGUGUUCUUGCCCAGACCCGCGAGCGCAUAGGCAGAGCCCGGGAGGCCCUUGACCACACUGUGGAGUACGUGGCCCAGAACACACCGGUCACAUGGCUGGUGGGCCCCUUCGCUCCUGGAAUCACUGAGAAAGCCCUGGAAGAGAAGUAGAGAGAGGGGUCAGGGCCAGCAGCUGGUUCCAGUCAGCUUUUCCCAAUAAUCCUGUUGCAUACUAGGUCCUCAGCUACCCUGAGUCUGAAGAAGUGUUUAACCUUUUCCCAUCAGUCUUUCAAAGAAGAAAAAAAAAACCUCUAGAAUAUUCUAGGAGAAAAAAAUCCUAAAAGAAAAAAGCAGUCAAGGUAACCAGUAGUAAUGGCACAUUCCUGUCAUCCUAUGCCAGCACUGUGGCGGGAGAGGCAGGAGGAUCAAGAAUUCUAAGGCAGAUGCUGUAUAGCAAGCAGCGUCAGUGAGCCUAAAACACACUUCAGACCACGGCCUGAUGAUAGCCCAUUCCUGUGCCUUUAGCAUGGUGUGGCCCAUAGUAGCAAGCGGUUUCCUAACCUGACACUUGGUCCUCACGGGGUGGACAGCAGGGAUGUGAAAUUGUUUCAAAUGAGAAAGUGGCUGAGGACUGAGUGUCCAUUGUUCCUCAAACCCUGGGGUUCAGUAUUGCUAUAAUAAAUUUUGUGAGCAUCAGAA